CUGCUGACACUUCCCCUCCGCCUGUGCGCCUCGGAGCCUCGGCCUGUGCGUGCGUGUGUGGCCCGGGUACGCUCCAUCCGCCAGCGCGAUCCAAGCUCCAAGCCCCGGCGCGCGCAAAACCGAAAAACCGCGCCCGUCCCGGACUUUUCGAACAGGUAACUUCUCUGCAUCGCUCUUUGCACCAGGAGGAGAGCCAGGAUGAUUCUGGCAACCCUGAAGGGCAUCGGGAAGCAGCUGCUGCGCGUGAAGGUCGUGGACUGUAACACCGAGGAGUCGCGGCUCUCGCGAUGCCUCAACACGUUCGACUUGGUGGCGCUGGGCGUGGGCAGUACCCUGGGGGCGGGGGUGUACGUGUUGGCAGGUGCAGUGGCCAGGGACAGCUCCGGACCUGCCAUCGUUUUGUCCUUCCUCAUCGCCGCCCUGGCCUCCGUGCUGGCCGGACUUUGCUACGCAGAGUUCGGAGCGAGAGUCCCCAAAACGGGCUCGGCGUACCUGUACAGCUACGUGACGGUGGGCGAGUUGUGGGCCUUCAUCACCGGCUGGAACCAUCUCUCCUACGUGAUCGGCACCUCGAGCGUGGCGAGGGCCUGGAGCGCCACGUUCGAUGAGCUGAUUGGACAUCACAUCGAGACGUUCUGCAGACAGCACAUGAGCAUAAACGCCCCGGGGUUGGCAGAAUAUCCAGACAUGUUCGCGGUCGUCAUCAUCCUCACGUUAACAGGGCUGCUUGCGUUCGGAGUGAAGGAGUCGGCCUUGGUCAACAAAGUGUUCACCUGUAUCAACGUGCUGGUGCUGCUGUUCGUGGUCAUCUCAGGCCUGGUCAAAGGAGACCUGAAAAAUUGGAGGAUCAACCCAGAAGAAAUCCUCAACGGGACCAGCCACAACUUCAGCUCAAAUAUUUCCAGUGUGUUGCCCACAGUGGAGAACCUGGGUCAGGGGGGCUUCAUGCCUUUCGGUCUACAGGGAGUGUUGUCUGGAGCUGCCACCUGCUUCUACGCCUUUGUGGGCUUUGACUGCAUCGCCACCACAGGGGAGGAGGUGAAGAACCCUCAGAGGGCCAUUCCCAUCGGCAUCGUGGCGUCUCUCCUCAUCUGCUUCGUGGCGUACUUUGGCGUGUCGGCGGCCCUCACCGUGAUGAUGCCGUACUACUUGCUGGACAAGAACAGCCCUCUGCCCGUCGCCUUCAAGUAUGUGGGCUGGGAGGGGGCGACGUACGCUGUGGCCAUCGGCUCUCUGUGCGCGCUCUCCACCAGUCUACUAGGCUCAAUGUUCCCAAUGCCCCGUGUGAUCUGGGCCAUGGCAGAGGAUGGCCUGCUCUUCAAAUGUCUGGCUAAAAUCAGCUCACGAACCAAAACCCCCCUAACAGCCACAGUGGCCUCUGGUGUGGUGGCAGCGGUGAUGGCUUUCCUGUUUGACCUGAAGGACCUGGUGGACCUGAUGUCCAUUGGCACUCUGCUGGCCUACACACUGGUGGCUGCCUGUGUGCUGGUGCUCAGGUACCAGCCCGAGCAGCCCAGUUUGGCUUACGAGAUGGCCAACACGCAGGAGGAGGCGGACGGGGCGGAGUCUGUGUCGGAGGGCUUGGCGGACAUGUUGCCUGACGACGGCCUCACGCUCAAGAACCUCCUCUCUCCUCCGAACCACGAGCCCUCGCGCCAGUCCGGAUCUGUGGUCAACAUCAGCACCAGUUUGCUAGGCGUAUUGGUGUGUAUCUUUGGGAUUGUGGCGGUCCAAGGAGGAGUAGCUCACUGGUCUUUGGCUCUCCUCUGUAUCAUCUUCGUCAUCUGCCUCAUCAUCACUUUAAUCGUCUGGAGGCAGCCACAGAGCAAAGUAAAAGUGGCUUUCAAGGUGCCUUUACUGCCUCUUGUGCCAGUCACCAGCAUGUUCAUUAACGUGUACCUCAUGAUGCAGCUAGACAAAGGCACGUGGAUACGCUUUGCCAUAUGGAUGGCCAUUGGUUUAGUCAUCUACUUUGGCUAUGGCCUUCGGAACAGCACCGAAGCAGCUCUGUCCAAGUCAGACUCAUGUGGACUGUCCAGUGCAAUAACAGGAGAGCCCAUGUCCACAGAGAAAGAAGCUUUCCUGCAUGACAUCCCCAAUGGCAUCGGAGAGGACGAUGAAGAGUCAUAAUCAAGCAGAAAUAACGUCACACACAGUUUCUAUGAACAAAUAUCGGUAAAGAUGUUUUUUAAAAAAAAAAAAGGGCUACUAAAAAUAAUUAUUUAAAACACACUUGAAUGUUCCUCUCAUACCUAUAGCAUUAAAUUUAUUUUUUGCACUUUUUCCUAAUUGGACUAUGAGCAAAAGCACACUUUUUAUAAAACCUGUGUUUCUUAUAUUUAUUGUGAAAAGUUGUUUUGAAUUCAUUACCCACGACUGUCUUGAGUGUCUUUGUAUUUGGUCCAUGUAUUUAGGUUUUAGUUGUUUCUAAAGCCUUAUUUAAAAAUAUUUAAAUUUUAUCUGCUGUGAGGUUCUGUAUCCAAGAGUAUUUUUCUGGUCAUUCUCGUAGGAGAGUGUACAUCCGUUACGCAGUUUGUUUACUUCAGGUAGCCUACAUUUGAGCUCGUAUUACUGAUGUGAGGAUACCUAACACUACAUUAACGUCCCAAACAUCGGGUCACUGUUAACUAACAAAAUGGCAGCUUGUCUUCAUUGUUACUAGUCAAAUAUUUUACAAAACUGUAAAACUAUUAUAUAAAAACUAAUAGUAACAAAAUAGAACUCCUAAAGAUGUACAGUACUGAUGUACAGACACAUGCUCUCGGUGAAACAUGAGCAGAUCAUGCUGAGAUUGGACUUUCACAGUUGAGCUCUGAAAAAGCUCGAACACAGAAUGUAGGACCUGAUCACUUUGUCUUCCAUGCAGAUUUACUGACAUAUUGAAACAUUUUAAACCAAAGAAAUUGAGCUGCUAUUCUACACAAAACCUUUGUUCAAGUGUCAAGUGCCUAAAGCAGAAUGAGAACAUAUCCGUCGUCACCUGGUGGAGUGUGUAAAUAUGAAACAAUACGCUGUCAUGUCUGUUAUGUAUUGUUUGUAGAUAUGCUGCUUUAUUAUUAAUGCCAUUGCGUUUGCUUUGCCAAGGUACGAUUGUAUUCACUCAUUUUCUUAUUAGGAUGAAACAAUAGAUGGAAACAACAGAAACACUCAUAACUAGAAUAAACAGAGCCAGUCUAGAGUAAUGCAUUAUUCAUGUAAAUGCAGAUUAAAUCUUACGUUUUUAGCCUUGUAAAAAAGAUCUGAUGAAAUGUUUCUUUUUUGCACAUCUGCAGCUUCCUGUAAAUACAUUUAGUUUUUUGCUUAGUGACAAGAUGAUUUGAUGUGAACAUGUAAAUUCAGACUCACUCAGAUUCAGACACACACCUGCAGGGGCGAGUAAACUGUUCCUUGUUGUCGUCCCAUUUAAAGUUGGGACUGCAGUGAAGCCUAUAGAAUAUGUCAGUGCAGUUUGUUGUUUUUAGAGUUUGUUACUGAAUUUGUGCUGUUACUGAAGCUUUCAUUUUUACUUGUAAAAAUGUGUCUCUAUUGAUUUGAUUAUGGGACCCAAUAUUCACAAUUAUUGUACCUUAACAUUCAAAAAUGAUGUUUGACAACAUUUUUAAAAUGAAUUACAACAAACCCAGUUGAAAAUCCGCCUCUAUUUUGUUUAUUUUGAAUAUAUUGUGCUUCCUAUUGGAUUUCUAACGAGAAGGCCCACUUGUCGGCUUGUUUCUGUUGAUGUAAAUGUCAUUGUAAAUAAAGCUUUUGCGACAUG